AAAUAAAAUAUAAUAAUUUAUCAAAUUAAAUCAGUUUACAAGUUCUCUAAGUAAAACCCUUCUGCCUCUCGUCAAAAAAUAUAUAUCCACACCCAGGCUCUCGCCAAAAAAAAAAAAAAAAAACAAACACCGAAAGUAACAGAUGCAAGAGAGCGCAAAAUAAGGGCAGAGAGAGCUCCGUGGCUUGCAAUGGAUACCGUCGAUUCUUAGAUCUCUUAACCCUAGCCAUUUUUAUUUUUUAUCAUGUAUAGAUUCUCAAGAUUUUUUUUUCCGGAGAUGCUUUCUUGUUUUCUUUUUUUUUUCAAGAAUCUUGGUAGCCACUGAUCGGAGCUUCACUAUGCUUUACUUUUCGAAACUCUAUUGGCUUAAUUUUUUUUUGUCUGCAGUCUGAUCGAGCAUUGUUUCUAACGAAGAAAUCAACGUUUAGGUUUCAUUUGAUUCAGUUCUGGCUGGUUUUCUGAUUUUACCUGCAUUUCGCGUUCUAUUUCGUCGUGGUUGCUUUGCUGAUUGUUUCGCCUAACCAAACAUUGUAUCUGACGAAGAUAUCAACGUUUCUGUUCCGUUUGAUUCAGUUCUGGCUUGUUUCGAUCCGGUUUCCUCUUGAUUUUACCUGCAUUUCACGUUCUGUUUUGAAUUUUGGAGAAGCCUAGAAGUUGUCUGUUAGGGUUUCCAAGAAGAAAGGAAGAGGAUGGAAAUGAUGAAGUGUAUGUGAAAGCAGAGAAGGAGAUAGGAGAAACGAGGCGUGAUAAUGGACGAUAGAGGAGGUUCAUUUGUUGCUGUUAGGAGGAUUUCUCAAGGUCUCGAGCGGGGCAAUACCUGCCAUUCUACUUCUGCUGAGGUUGUGGCAGGAUCAACAGCAUGGUUGGGUCGAGGUCUUUCUUGUGUAUGUGCUCAGAGCAGAGAAAGUGAUGCUCGUCCAUCAUUUGAUUUAACUCCUUCCCAGGAGGAAUGCUUGCAGAGGCUGCAGAAUCGUAUAGAUAUUGCUUAUGAUAGUUCAAUCCCUGAACAUCAGGAAGCUUUAAGGGCCUUAUGGAAUGCUGCAUUUCCAGAAGAAGAACUACGUGGUUUAAUAUCUGAGCAGUGGAAGGAAAUGGGGUGGCAAGGGAAGGAUCCAUCUACGGAUUUUAGGGGUGGUGGUUUUAUAUCAUUGGAGAACCUGUUAUUCUUUGCUACAAAUUUUCCGAAAUCCUUCAAGGAUCUUCUUUGGAAGCUGGAAGGUGAUCGGUCUGUGUGGGAAUAUCCAUUUGCUGUUGCUGGUGUGAACAUCACCUUUAUGCUCAUUCAGAUGCUUGAUCUUGAAGCAGUGUCCUUCAAUUCUACAGUCAAACCAAGGACAAUGGUAGGAGCAGUUUUCUUAAAGUUCCUCUCAGAAAAUGAAUCAGCGUUUGACCUUCUCUACUGCAUCACAUUCAAGUUAAUGGACCAUCAGUGGCUAGCUAUGCGCGCAUCCUACAUGGACUUCAAUUGAUGAAAGCCACCCGUCGACAACUGGAAAGGGAGCUUCUACUUGAAGAUAUAACAAGGCUGGAGGAUCUGCCAUCAUACAGUCUUCUUACACGAUAAUGUUGCUUGCGGUUGAAAGAAUGUAAAUCAAGUCAUUUUGUGAUGACGAGAUGAGAGAUGCAUGCUAUGAAUUGGACAUACACGUCGUCUUACUUUUACCAUGUACCUUCUAAGCUUAGGCCGGAUAAAAUGUAUAUGUGCUUAUUUUCGAACAAUUGAUAUUGGUAUUGGUGGUGUUGGUAUUUGAUUUUAAGAAAUUGAGGAUUUCAGAUUUUUUUGUCUA